AUGAAACAAUUGCUCACUGUAAUUACCUCUCUCCGCAAAUUGAAUGCAGAUCUAAGCAACGUAAUCGAUGUGAUAAACAAUUUAAUUGGGCAAAUUAGAGAAGUCGAGUCCUUGGAUCCCUCAGAACUUGUAGUCAAAACCUUGGGCCUACUGUAUCUAAGUGCUUCCGAAGAAAUGGAGAAGUUAAAAGUAAUAUAAAUCAUAUUUCCAACGUUUUCUAGGAAUUUAUGGACAAGCUUGCGGGAUUCAUUCAAAUUCUGACCGAGAAAUUAAUGGAUUCUGAGGAAAUUCCAUCUGAAACAUACCUAAAUGACAUCACCAUCCUUCUACAACAUCUUUCAAUGAUCUACAAUGAGCAUACGAAGGUGAUUGAUCAACUGCACGAUCCUAAAGUACGGAAUUUCGAGCCGUUUUCGACAAAAUUGAAUAUAAUCGAAGGUGAUUAUGAUGUUGUUUGCGCAUUACAACGACUUCGCUCAGAUCUCACAUUAUAUAAAGGUGACCAAUAG